AAGGAAUAUUAUAAUUACAUUUUGAAUUUGAAAUGGAGUCAACUGGCCCUGACCCAGACAAGGUCUUUGAGAAGGCAAAGAAGCCACUCAAAGGACUUGAUAAGACAUGCCCCCUCAGGCCAAAGAGGAAGAUUAAGGAAGGAACAAGAGGAUACGGCCUCAAACAGAUCGCUAGGAUGACUCUAGGUUCGGGCAACAUGCAAUUAGCAGUUGAACUGCCAGCAGGAGAGGAUCUCAAUGAAUGGCUCGCUGUUAAUACGAUCGAGUUUUAUAAUGAAAUUAAUGUGCUUUAUGGCAUUCUCACUGAGUUCUGUACCCCAGAAGUAUGUCCAAUAAUGUCUGCUGGACCUAAGUAUGAAUAUUUGUGGGCAGAUGGCCAUAGCAUCAAGACUCCACUCAAAGUUUCUGCAUCUGAAUAUAUAGAUUUUCUGAUGGCUUGGGUGGAGAACCAAUUAAAUAACGAGAAUCUGUUCCCAUGCCAGAUUGGAGUUCCUUUUCCGAAGAACUUCUUGAAUGUAGUCAAAGUUAUUUUCAAGAGGUUGUUUAGAGUGUAUGCUCACAUCUAUCACACUCAUUUUCAGCACAUCAUGAACCUCGGAGCAGAAUACCAUUUAAAUACCUGCUUCAAGCAUUUCAUUUACUUUAUUGAUCAGUUUAACCUAGUUGAUUCGAAGGAACUAGCACCUCUUGCUGAGUUGAUUCAGCAAUUCAAAGAGAGAAAGGCUCCUCCAGCUACCAAGGCAAAGAUUGUAUCAGACCUGAACAUGAUAUAGCUCCCAGUUUGUUGUCCAAAAUCGGGUGAUAAUCCUAGUUCC